AUGUGCCGGGCCGCGGCCCGGCGGCGGGCGGCCCCGUUGGGCCCGGCGGGGCGGGCGGCGCUGCUGGCGGCGCUGCUGGGCGGCCUGGCCGUGCUGGCCGCGCUGCCCUUCGUGCGGCGGGGCUGCUCCGGCCUCAGCGUGGCCCCCCGGGGGCUGAGGCUGCUGCCGCUCAGGGCCGAGGCGUCCCCCGAAGUGAAGUUCGAAGCCAAAGCGGCUUUGAAGCAAGCCCUGGAAAUGAAGCGCCAAGGAAAGCGAGAGAAAGCUCACAAACUCUUUGUAUACGCCCUCAAAAUGGACCCCGAUUACGUGGACGCCCUGAAUGAAUUUGGUAUCUUUUCUGAAGAGGAAAAAGACAUUCUUCGAGCCGACUACCUGUACUCCAAGGCACUCACCAUUUCCCCCUGCGACGAGAAGGCUUUGAUCAACAGGGACCGGACGCUGCCUUUAGUAGAAGAAAUAGACCAGAGGUAUUUCAGCAUUAUUGACAGCAAGGUUAAAAAAGUGAUGGCGAUCCCGAAAGGCAACUCCGCCCUGCGCCGGGUGAUGGAGGAGUCCUACUACCACCACAUCUACCACACCGUUGCUAUCGAAGGGAACACUCUGACGCUGUCGGAGAUACGACACAUCAUCGAGACCAGGUACGCCGUUCCUGGGAAAAGCUUGGUGGAGCAGAACGAGGUGAUCGGCAUGCACGCGGCUUUGAAAUACGUGAACACCACGCUGGUGUCGCGGAUAGGCUCCGUGACCAUCAGCGACAUCCUGGAGAUCCACCGCAGGGUGCUGGGCUACGCCGACCCCGUGGAGGCAGGGCGGUUCAGGACUACGCAGGUGUUCGUCGGGCACCACAUACCGCCCCAUCCCCAGGACGUGGGGAAGCAGAUGCAGGAGUUCGUGCAGUGGAUGAACUCCGAGGACGCCAUGGGUCUGCACCCCGUGGAAUUUGCUGCCUUAGCCCACUACAAGCUGGUUUACAUCCAUCCCUUUGUGGAUGGCAACGGGAGGACCUCCCGGCUGCUGAUGAACCUCAUCCUGAUGCAGGCGGGCUACCCCCCCAUCACCAUCCGCAAGGAGCAGCGGGCGGAGUAUUACCACGUCCUGGAAGUCGCCAACGAGGGCGACGUGAGGCCUUUCAUACGCUUCAUCGCUCAGUGUACCGAGACCACGCUGGACAUGCUGAUCAUCGCCACCACGGAAUACUCCGUGGGCUUACCCGAAGCGGACGGCAGCACUGCGGGAUGCAAACAAACCAUCCCUGUCAAGACUUGAGUGCUGUGGGCACACAGGAGCCAGGGAACGUGGGGGAGAACAGAAAGCCGUGCCGCACAGUAUUCUUGCUGGGAAGGAACUUGACAGGAGGUGUCGCUCUUUAGCAUUUCAUUUAUUUAAAGUCUCUUCUGUUUGAUUAAAUUAAUAUAAUUUAUUUAUGUACG